AUGGGGCAGCAGUUCAGCUGGGAGGAGGCCGAGGCAAGUUGCGAGAUGGACGUGGCAGAGCUGCAGGAGUGGUACAAGAAGUUCGUGGUGGAGUGCCCCAGCGGCACACUCUUCAUGCAUGAGUUUAAGCGCUUCUUCAAGGUCACGGGCAACGAGGAGGCCACCCAGUAUGUAGAGGGCAUGUUCCGAGCCUUCGACAAGAAUGGGGACAACACGAUUGACUUCCUGGAGUAUGUGGCUGCCCUGAAUCUUGUGCUGAGGGGCACGCUGGAGCACAAACUGAAGUGGACCUUCAAGAUCUAUGACAAGGACCGCAACGGCUGCAUCAGCCGCCUGGAGCUACUUGACAUCGUGGAGGCGAUUUACAAGCUGAAGAAAGCCUGCCGGCUGGAGGUAGAGACCAAGCAGGAUGGUCAGCUGCUCACGCCCGAGGAGGUCGUGGACAGGAUCUUUCUCCUGGUGGAUGAGAAUGGAGAUGGCCAGCUCUCUCUAGACGAGUUCAUUGAGGGCGCCCGUCGUGACAAGUGGGUAAUGAAGAUGCUGCAGAUGGACGUGAAUCCCAGCAGCUGGAUCUCUCAGCAGAGACGGAAGAGCGCCAUGUUCUGA